AUUUAAGCACUGUUAGUGUACGUUAGUUGAUAUGAAACUGUUUUUUGUGUUGUUGUGUUUAGUGCUAAUUUUCAGAUAUGGCAAUUUCGUUAAACAUACCAAGAAGGAUUCCUCAAUGAAAUACAUUACGAAACAAUCACAAAACAUAACUGUACCAGUAAUGAUACAUAUAGACAAAGCACUGUUCAAAAUAUUGAUAAAAGAAUAUAAGACAAAAAUAAGAAAUAACAUGAAAGACAUAUCAAAACGUUUACUGAAAGAAGUGGAAAGAAUAUUCAAAAGAGCCAACUUGAACCAAGUAUUGAAAUUUAAGUUAUUGGAUACAAGGUUUUUGGGCAGUAAGAUGAAGAAAAUUACAAUGGACGGGAACGCAUCGAACUAUCUGCUAAACUACUGCAAAUGGCAAGGGCAGAUGAAGAUUCUGAAGAAGAAAUGGUAUUAUUCUGUAUUGUUGACAGGACUAGAUCUUUACUAUACACACAAUGGUAGAAUUAUGAGAAGCAGCACAGGUCGCAGUUAUAUGCGGAGUGUGUGCAGUAUAUACAACAGUUGUACUUUACUUGAAUGGAAACCAAAGAACCUGGACUAUUUACUAGCUCAUGAGAUUGGACACAGUCUUGGUAUAUCACAUGAUGGUCAAUCACGUAGCUGUCGACACAACAAACAUAUAAUGACUCCUAAGUACAACCCACACAACCACCCGAAGACUUGGUCCACCUGCAGCAGGAGAGAUCUGGAUAUGUUUCUUAGGAGUAAAAGGUCAUGGUGUCUACGGCCAGGUUAUGAUGUGAAGUUACAAGUAAAUGGAGCUAAAUAUAAACCUCGAUUAUAAUAUUUAUUUAC